GACCGUUGUUAUGCCAACGGGACGCCAUUAGGGCUCUAAAUUUGAAGCAUAGAAAAUGUUCCUUCGGAAUUGACACAAGUUCAUGUAAUCUGAUAAAUAGAUAGAACCAAAGAUGAGUCGCCUAUAUGACACGGUGGAGCCCUCAGUUAUUGAUGAGGAAAUGCUCCAGAGAUCUGUGGAGGAACAGGGGCCAAAAGAAGAAGCAGGAAAACUUGCAAAAGCUGAGGGGAUAGACUUUGCAGAUGUAACAUCACUACGACUGGAUUUUAAAAAUAUUUUGAAAAUCGACAACCUUUGGGAAUUCACCAACCUUGUCAAAUUACAACUAGACAAUAACAUCAUUGAAAAAAUCGAAGGAUUAGAUAUGCUCGUCAAUUUGGUCUGGCUUGAUUUGUCCUUCAACAACAUAGAGGUUUUAGAAGGCCUGGGCCAGCUCACUAAGUUGGAAGAUCUUACUUUGUACAACAACAGAAUAUCUCGGCUGGAGAACAUGGACAUGCUGGUCAACUUGCAGGUGCUCAGUGUGGGCAACAAUGACCUCAACGAGCUGGAACUUGAUUUAACAUAUCUGAGAAAGUUCAAGAAACUGAAGACACUUAAUCUGAAUGGGAACCCUUUCUGUGAGGAGGAGCUGUGUAAAAUGAAGGUCAUUGCCUUCCUCCCACAUCUGGAGUUCCUCGACUACAGACUCAUCGAUGAGCAGUCGCGGAAUGCUGCAUAUGAGCGAUUCCAGAUGGGUAUUGAAGAGCGUCUGGACAAUGAGAGAAAGGCUCAAGCCAAACAGGAGGAAGAGGAGAGAAGAGCCAAAGAACUGGAACUUCACAAGGGUGGCUAUGUGGAGUUGAUGAACGGCCCCAGUCUGUUUGACAGCAUGUACGAUGAGGAUGCAGAGGGCAAGAAACUCAAUGAGAUGCCAGGAGUGGAUGAACUGCUCAUUGUUUUCAAAGAGAACUUUGUGAGGAUCUGCCACCAGAUAUUUGACUACGGUCUCCAGGAACACUCAAAGCGCCAGGAUGAGGUGACUCAGUUCUGGGAGUGUGUGGAGGAGGCCAAGUCUGAGAACAAAGCCAUGGGCAUGAAAACCAUUGAAGACUUCAUGGCAGACAAGAAGAGGCUGUUCCUGGAGAUUGGGCAAAUCAAUGCGAAGAUCCUGGACACUAAGCUGGCCGACUACCAGAACCGGACAUCAGACCUGUGGGAUCAGCUCAUGGGUCUGGAGCUGCAGCUUGUGGAUCAGCUCGAGGAAGUCAUUAAGGACUUUGAACGCAAUAUGCAGGAUAUGGUUUCUGCAUUCACGGAGCAAGUUCAAGGUUUUCUGACUCAGUGUCGUGACCUUGAGAACCAACACCACGAGAGGAUGAUGGAAAUCGCCAUAGUAACCUUGGAGAAGGUCAUCAAGAAUGAGCUGGAUGAAGAAAUCUCAGAGGAUCUUAGAAUGCUGUUUGUGGACAAGGAUACUAUCAACAAUGCUGUCACUUCUUCACAUGACGUCCAUCUGCUAAAGAUUGACAACAAGGAGGAUGACAUGGUAACCAGAAUCAACCAAUGGCUGAAGGCGAUGAUCGAAACUAUCCAUGAAGAGGAAGAGAUUAAACGUAAUCGUAUGCGAGUGGCAGAAAUCAACCACCUGAUUGACAACAUGCGGGAGGAGGUGGACAACCUGGAUGUCCUUCAGUCCAACGUGUACUGACAGAAAUGGACAUGAUAGUGAUGUGAUACUAACAUGUAUAUAUACAGGGGCUGGUAUAUUAUUGGUGGGAUAUCUUUGUGAUAUCUACAUGACAUUUACAUCUGUGAUAUACCAUGAACAGUUCUACAGAUACUGCUACGGGUUUGGUUUAAACUUUCCCAGCCACAUCAGCUAUGUACUUACUUAAGAAAAUCCUUUUUCUAUAGGAAACUGAAUUAAAAAAGACAUUGGCUAAAAAAAACUCAAAACCUUUCUUAAUUUUCUUCACCAAAGAUUAAGAUAGCCAAGGUACAAACUGUGAUAAGUUACAUACCAGUAACUAAAUUUUUACAGAUCAGAUGUAUACUGUGUACAUACAUUCAGGUCACACUAAGGCUUUAUUGUUGCUUUAAUUAACUCAUGUAAAAACCUGUUGGCACUGACUGGUAAUUUUAUGAUUUAUGUCUCAUCCAAAUCAAUUUGUACAUUGAACUGUCAAAUAAAUCAUUCAUUCUUGAAUACAAAGCCAUGUAA